GCUGGCUGGGAGCCGUCUGUCGCGCUGCCCUGGGCCCCGGCGGGCGCGCCGCAGCCUCCUCACCGGCGCGAACAUGGAGGAGGCGACCUGAGGUCCGGAGCCGAGCCGGGGCGGGAGCGCGCGGUCUGACCUACGAGUAACAUGGCAACCAGUGCUGUUCCCAGUGACAACCUCCCCACGUACAAGCUGGUGGUGGUGGGAGAUGGGGGUGUGGGCAAGAGUGCCCUCACCAUCCAGUUUUUCCAGAAGAUCUUUGUGCCUGACUACGACCCCACCAUCGAGGACUCCUACCUGAAACAUACAGAGAUUGACAAUCAGUGGGCUAUCCUGGAUGUUCUGGACACGGCUGGGCAGGAGGAGUUCAGCGCCAUGAGGGAACAGUACAUGCGCACGGGGGACGGCUUCCUCAUUGUCUACUCUGUCACUGACAAGGCCAGCUUCGAGCACGUGGACCGCUUCCACCAGCUCAUCCUGCGUGUCAAGGACAGGGAGUCGUUCCCGAUGAUCCUUGUGGCCAACAAGGUUGAUCUGAUGCACUUGAGGAAAAUCACCAGGGAGCAAGGAAAAGAAAUGGCAGCCAAACACAAUAUUCCAUACAUAGAAACCAGUGCCAAGGACCCACCUCUCAAUGUCGACAAAGCCUUCCAUGACCUUGUGAGAGUCAUCAGGCAACAGAUUCCGGAAAAAAGCCAGAAGAAGAAGAAGAAAACCAAGUGGCGGGGAGACCGGGCCACUGGCACCCACAAACUACAGUGUGCGAUCUUGUGACAGGCCCAAGAGUCCGGGCCUGGGGCCCAGUAACGGUGGCCUGGCCAGCCCUGGGGACCCUUCACUGCCCAACUGCACCGAAACCAUUUCUAACCACGACCCUUGGGCCAAGGACUUGGCACAGGAAGGGACAAGGGGAGGGUGGACAGGGAACAGACAGGGUCUGGCUUUGCUCAAAGGGCACAGGCUUUCUCAUCUCUCACAAGGGACAAGGAAGCCACCUGGCAACAAAAGCAGCAUUUCCAAGCCCCCCACGUGUCAAUUCAGCGGUUCCUCCCCGUCUUUGGUCAGAGUGUUGUUUCUUUUAACUUCAUAGCAUUGGCUUGACGUGGAAGUGUUUAUCCACAUAUAAAGUACAAAGCGAGCCAUGAACAAGCCUCCUUCCCCUCCCCCCAGUCCACAGUGUCUGAGCUUGGGUAGAUUUUUAAAUUAUUUUAGUGAUUAUUAUUUUAUGAAAGGGGUCUGGGCCCACUCCCUGGUGAAGUUUCAGGUUUUCAGUAGACCUCUCUGGUGAC